AAGAUAUGCAUCAUGAUGAUGGAUUGUUCCAGGGACGAUGUGUUGCCGCGCCAGGACUUCAUGUCCUGCCGAAAUUGCUCAAAGAAGCUCGGAUGCGGAACAGAGGUGUCCCCCCCUCCUGUCCGAACCCCCGUUCCGGGAUCCGGCACCCGGCACAUGCGCAAGUGACCGCCUGGGGG